CGGACGUUUCCGAGCCUACUCAGCUUCGUUUAAACCGAACCGCUCCUUGUAUAAAUAUAAAUGCAUAAGGACAAAAACCUCUCAAUUUUAUCAUUUCAAAGGCGUAGACUAGUUCGCAGAAUCAAUAGUCAGAUUUUUACAAUCACAUUUGCAGGAAUAAUGAGUGAUCACCUGAUUUUGUGUGUUGACCACCUUGUAACACCUGAUAAUUUGCAUUCCCUGCAAGGGAAUGAUGCUCCAGGAUCAUCCAGUGAGGGUUCCAGUUCUCACACUGCUGAUCCACCAGCUCAUGUCCUUGAUGUUGAGGGAGUGGGAGAACAUGGUGUAUCUGAAGAAGAAGAACCACUUAUUCAAAUGGUGGAAUGUCGCAUAUGCCAGGAGGAGGAUAGCAUUAAGAAUUUGGAGGUUCCAUGUGCUUGCAGUGGCAGUUUGAAGUUUGCCCAUAGGAAAUGUGUGCAGCGUUGGUGCAAUGAGAAAGGGGAUAUAACUUGUGAGAUUUGUCAUCAGCCUUACCAACCUGGUUAUACUGCUCCACCACGUCUCCCUCAGUCAGAAGAUGCUACAAUUGAUAUCAGUGAGCCUUGGACAGUCUCUGGUGCUCCCUUGGACUUGAAUGAUCCUCGAAUUUUGGCAAUGGCAGCAGCAGAACGCCAUUUGCUAGAGGCUGAUUACGAUGAAUAUGCUGAUAGCAAUGCUAGUGGAGCUGCAUUCUGCCGCUCUGCUGCCCUGAUUUUAAUGGCUCUGCUUCUCUUGAGGCAUGCAUUGUCUCUCACCAAUACAGAUGGAGAGGAUGACGCAUCUACAUUUUUCUCUCUUUUCUUGCUCCGGGCUGCUGGUUUUCUUCUUCCAUGUUAUAUAAUGGCAUGGGCUGUCAGUAUAUUGCAGCGCCGAAGGCAAAGACAGGAAGCAGCAGCACUUGCAGCAACCGAAGUUGCAUUUAUGCUUCAAGCAGGGCAACGCCGGGGUUUGCAUUUCACAAUAGCACCAGGACCUCCAGUGACCCCCCAUCAGGAGCCACCCCAAUAACAUGGUUUCCCUUUUCGAUGAUGAUUGUUGUCGAGAGAGGCCAAUGAUGUAUACGAGUACAUUGUCUUGCUGAUGCAGCCAUGCUACCAGGAGUUAAACGAAAAUGGUUAAAACUGUAUUUCUCUGCAUGCCAUAUUGAACCUCUAAUUUUGUUGUGCUGAGAAAAUCCUACAAACUCAAUAUUUUUUUGCCUUUUUCAAGUGUGCAUUUCCAUGGUAAUGUUUGUACAUAAAUGAUGGAUUCGCAUAGCUGCUGAAUUUAUUGUUUCUGCAGGGUCAGCAUGGCUGCUUUGCCGUUUAACAUUA